UCCCAAUGCCACUCGUGCAACGAAGACGUCUCAGUACGUAAUUGUCAAUCAGAGUCACACCGCAGCUACGACUAAGAUGGCGAAGAGAGUGCUUUUCACAGUGCUGGCUGUAGUUGUUCUUCAGUAUGUCAUUGAGACCACCUCCCUUAGAACAACACAGAAGUCCCUCCAUCCUGAAUUUAGCAACUCGUACGAAGAAACGUUUGCUAUGACCGUCGAUUAUGAAAGAAUGAAAUCUAAUGUGUUCAAUACAAAGUCGGAUAUAUUGGUUGUGACGAAACCCAAUGGGAAGGUCAAAGUCCCCUUCAGCUCGAACGAAGAAGGAACAACUGUUGUAGUGCUAGCAGAGGGCAUCACUCUGACUAACGUUGGAGGGGCUCCGUCAACAACAAUUUGGGCUUUCGCACCGCUCUGCUUUGAAAAAACAUACGGGAACCCUGGGACGGCGUCAGUGAAGGGGCCCUUCUCAUACCGUGCGAAGGAGAUCAACGGAGACAUCGGUCCGAAAAUGUACAGGGGCAUCUCAACGCAAGUAACGCCCAGCAUGAAAUGCAACACGCUGUACCCACAUCUUCCGUUGAAGGAGCGCGUAGAACUGUGCACUUUGAACCAGCAAAGACCGGGAAGUGGCCUUCACGAGUGGAUUACUGUGACUGAAACACAAGAGAUUCCGAAAGCAUCCAGCAGACGCACAGGAGAGUUGUGCCCCUUCGUGCAGAGUGGAGACAUAUCUGAAACAGCUCGGCCCGCGUCGUAUCUACUGGGGAAGCUAAGCCGAAAGUUCGAAAAAGAAAGCGACCGUUUUACCAGAGAUAUGCUCGAGGCUGGUGCUGACGUCUACCACACAGCAGAGGCCUACCGAGCCGAAGGUCAGACAACCUAG